CUGGUGGUCCUGGGUCACAUUUAAGAGUCACAAUGGACCCAUUUGACAGCUCCGAUGCUCUGGAAGGGCCAUCAAAGGCUGCGGCGACAAACACAGAGGUACCGGUGCCGUGGACGCGCUUCUCUGCCUGGCUCGAGUGUGUGUGCGUCGUUACCUUCGACCUCGAGCUCGGACAAGCCAUAGAGCUCGUUUACCCUCAUGAUGUCAAACUCACAGAGAAAGAGAAAACAAGCAUCUGUUACUUAUCGUUUCCUGACUCAUACUCAGGAUGCCUCGGGGACACUCAGUUCAGCUUCAGACUGCGGCAGUCGGUGGGCCGCAGUAGCUCUUGGUUUGGACAGGAGGAUGUGUACAACAAGGAUGCACCUGUGACCCUGCAGAAGGAGCAUGCACAUUUGCACGGGUAUGUGUAUUUCAGGCAAGUGAAAGAUGCGUCUGUCAAAAGGGGCUACUUUCAGAAGUCUCUGGUGGUGGUGUCCAGAUUGCCGUUUGUGAACCUUUUCCAUUCACUGCUGAAGGUCAUUGCUCCUGAGUACUUUGAAAAGCAAGAACCUUGUCUGGAGACAGUCUGUAAUGAGAUUGAGCAAUGGCCCGCACCAGUACCAGGACAGACACUCAACCUACCUGUGAUUGGUGUGGUGAUGCAGGUCAGAAUUCCCUCAAAAGUCGAAACACCAGCAGGAAGCCCUGUAAGACAACCGCAAACAGAGAAUCUGCUCCCUGCCCCCACGGUUCUUCCAUCAGUUCACGAGUUGGAUCUUUUCAAAUGUUUCCAGUCAGUCCUGAUUCACGUGCAGAUGCUCUGGGAGCUCAUGUUGCUAGGAGAGCCUGUGGUUGUUAUGGCACCCUCUCCAACCUUCUCCUCAGAGACUGUGUUGGCCCUGGUCAGCACUAUCGCCCCACUGCACUACUGUGGUGAUUACAGACCAUACUUCACCAUUCAUGACAGUGAAUUCAAGGAGUACACGACCAGGACUCAGGCUCCGCCCAAUGUGAUACUUGGUGUCACAAACCCUUUCUUUAUAAAGACCUUUCAGUGCUGGCCACACAUUAUUCGCCUCGGAGACCUGAAGAUGUCUGGUGAUUUACCAAAGCAAGUGAAGGUCAAGAAACUGGCAAAGUUAAAAACACUGGAUACUAAAACAGGCAUAUACACAGCAUACAAGACCUUUCUACACAAAGAUAAAGCCCUCAUCAAGCGACUUUUAAAGGGUAUCCAGAAAAAAAGGCCAUCAGAGGUUCAGAGCGCCAUUUUGAGGCGGCAUCUGUUGGAGCAAACGCAGAGUUUCAUUCUUCCGCUGGAACGGUAUCUGGAAAGCCUCAUGCCGCCACAGAGAUCUAUGUCUCCGUGGAAGACCCCUCCUCAGAUCCGGUCUUUCAGUCAGGAUGAGUUCAUGAAGACCCUGGAGCAAGCAGGGCCACAACUAACUCUGAAAGGAGAUUGGACAGGCCUGUACAGGCGUUUCUUCCGUUCACCAAACUUUGAUGGCUGGUAUCGGUUCAGGCACAGAGAGAUGACUCAGAAAGUGGAAUGUCUUCAUUUAGAGGCCAUCUGUGCGGCUGAUCUGCUGACAUGGACCAAAGACAAAUCAGAAGUAGAGAUUGUUGACCUCAUCCUGAAGCUUCGGGAGAAACUGACAAGAGCUCGAAAACACCAGCUUCCAGUUAAAGAAGAACUCCUGGAGAGAUUAGAGCAGUCCAUCCAGACCAUCAUCAGCUCCUUGCCAGAGGAUCUACAGACAUUAUUACACAGACAAUGACAAUCAGACCCACGUGAACAACAUUGACCAGCAGAUCCACUGAUGCAUACACCGAGACUGUCUUUCCAGAAUAUACCAGCUAUAUUUGAACCCAUAACACCUGUCCUGCACAGGUAUCAGCCCACAUUUCUUCUUCUGGUAAACCCAUACACUACCUGAGAGGCCUUUCAUUUGGGAUGUACAGUAACAACAGAUACUGCUGCUAUACAGGGUCCUAGAUGACACAUGAAGAACACAGAAAACAUUGAUACUUGGAUUAAAAUCAUUUGAAGUCCUCAGCUAGACUACACACUAGAUUUUUAGAUGUCUGCUAAAUUACAUUUUAACUAAGUAUUUAAAGC